UUUUUUUUUGUGGGUUUUAAGAAAAAUUGAACCUUUUUUGUUUCUGGUAUAUUAAAGAUAUAUAUAAUUCUUUUCAGAAAAAUAAUGCCUAUGAAGAUUCUUUGUUGCUUUACUUCAUUGGCUGGAAGGAAUGAUAAAAUACAGGAAGAAAAAGAUAAUAAGAUUAUGCAAGUGAGAUUACAACAGUUAGGAAAACAUAUAGAUAAAAAUGACUCGAAAUCGAAGUCAACGUUCGGUGUAAAUGUACCAUUCUCAUUGCCUAAAAAUCCAACCUGCAAUGUCAAGGUGGUCAGUCAUGAAACUUCGGUGGAACCCCGAGUUGAAAGAGAAGAAGAAGAAGAAGAAGAGGUAGCAUAUGAAGGCGAGGAUGAACACGAAAAUGAUAUGAAUUCCAAAGUUGACUCCCUAGUUCCUAUAGGUGAUAUCCAUAUUCAAGAACGUGUCGAAUAUAACAAUUUAGAUCUUGUUGAGAGUCCAAACGAUAAUUUAGAUAUAGAGAUAAACAAUGAUGGUCAUUUAAGUGAUCCGGGAGUUUCAAAAAAACCAGUUUUAGGUUCUCCAAAGCUAAAACGGACUUGUUCUAAUUUAGAAACGAAAAGGUUCAUUAUAAAAGAGAAAAUCGUUCCUUGUGAAUCUUUUGAAGAUUUGCAAAAGUUAGCUGAUGGAUGUAUGAGUCCUGUUUCUAUGACAAGUAAUUGUAGUGCUGAUAAAGUGAUGCUAAGAAAAUGUUCUUCGAGUCAAAUACUGCCAUCAAAAAGCAGAAGAUUAUGGUGGAAACUGUUCUUGUGGAGUCAUAGGAAUUUACACGAACCUGUUAAAGGGAUUCAUAAUAAGCUUAUGAUGAUUAAUCAACAAGGAGGGUAUUCUUCAGAUACUCUUGAACCAAACCAAAGACUCGAUAAGUCAAAGUCAAAGUUACGGAAACUGGAAAAUGCUAACAAUGGAGAUAAGAGAUGGGAUUCAUUUCAUCAGGGUUCUGCUUUCUGGCCGCAAAAUCAAUGGAUGGCGUUUCCUACGCGAUCACCGUCAGCAUCAUCACCAUUGACAAGAGUAGAUGAAUGGGUGCAAGAUAUCCCAACAGAACAUGUUUUCACAAUUGGUAAUGAAGAUAGUGAAAUUACCUUUUCACCCUCUUCUGAUAAUGGUAGAUCGCCAGCCAGAAUUCGUGAUGUCCCUGAGGAGGUUGCAUAUGCUAACAGGGUGAUACAAUCAUUGAAUUCUUCUUCAACUGUUGCUUACAUUUCUGGCAUAGGAUUAAAGGUUAUUCCCGUAAUUUCGGGCUUUACAAGUCUCCGAUCAGUCAACUUAUCUGGAAACUCAAUAGUGCAAAUAACAUCAGGGUCGCUUCCAAAGAGCCUUCACAUUCUUGAUUUAUCAAGAAAUAAAAUCGGUGCUAUUGGAGGCCUUAGAGAGCUCACUCGUUUGCGGAUUCUUGACCUUAGCUACAACCGGAUUUCACGAAUUGGGCAGGGGUUAUCCAAUUGUACCCUCAUUAAGGAGCUUUACCUUGCUGGAAACAAGAUUAGCAAUGUUGAGGGACUACACAGGCUGCUGAAAUUAACAAUUUUGGACUUGAGUUUCAACAAAAUUACAACAUCAAAGGCACUUGGGCAAUUAGUAGCCAACUACAACUCUUUGCAAGCUUUAAACUUAUUGGGCAAUCCAAUUCAAAACAACAUAAACGACGAUCAGUUGAGAAAAACACUUUGUGGGCUUCUACCAAAUCUUGCGUAUUUGAAUAAACAGCCUGUAAAUCCACAAAAGGCUAGAGAAGUUGCUAAAGAAGCCGUUACAAAAGCUGCACUUGGAAGUGGUAACCUAAGUGCUCGUAGAAGAGCUGCAAAGAGGGUUGGGAGUGGUGGAUCAACUUCUUUUAGUAGGCAUCGAGGUAGCAGUGGUAGUGGUAGCAGUGGUCAGAAAGGACGACAUGGGGUGAAACCUAAAGCACAUCACCGAUCUAUAAAGUAGUCCGGGUUGGGUCAUACAUUGGUCAUCAUGGUUAUUUGUCUGAUAUUGAUCUAGUUUGGAUUGUGAAAUAUAGAAUAUCAUUGUUAUGUUGAUAUUUGUAAUUCAGGGAGUGAAGAAAGAAGUUUCUUCUAUUUUCCACCAUGUAUACACUAUAUUCAUGUUUUACUUCAUGGUUUUUCUUUGAUUUUCUUGAAA